GAUCACGUGAUAAUGGCGGUCGUCGACGCGAAAACUUUCAGCUGAAAACUCAGCGCCAUUUGUUAGUAUUUUAGCGUUAUAUCGGCCUACUUCACCGAAGAUCUUCUGUUAUCUACGCAUGUGACGAGCUUUUUGGUAAUCUGAAACCAUUUUGUGGAGAAAAUGUCAGUAGAAGACCCAUUUUUCGUCGUCAAAGAGGAAGUGCAAAAAGCGGUCAACAAUGUACAGACCCUUUAUAAAAGAUGGCAAGACUUGUUGGAUAAUCCUCGUACUGUUGGAAAAGAUGAAUAUAAUUGGACAACAAAUGAACUACGCAAUAAUGUAAGGAGUAUUGAAUGGGAUUUGGAAGACCUGGAUGAAACAGUGGGCAUUGUUGAAGCAAAUCCCAGGAAGUUCAACAUUGAUAUCGCUGAGGUUAAUCAAAGAAAACAAUUCAUAAAACAGACUAGAGAUGGUGUGAAUGUCAUUAAAGAACAUAUGAAUAGUCCUGCAGCUAAAGCAAAAGUAGAGAAUUCAUCAAGAGAGGCAUUGUUAGGAAGAAGAAAUGAUAAACCUAAAGACAGAUACUCUAGGUUGGAUCAAGAGAUUGAGAAAUCAAAUCAGUCUUUUAUUAUGGACCAACAGCAACAACAAGAGUUAAUGAUACAAGCUCAAGAUGAUCAGCUAGAUAUGGUUGGACAUAGUGUUGGAGUUUUAAAAACCAUGGGAAAGAAAAUUGGGGAUGAAAUUGAAGAACAAAAUGUAAUGUUAGACAACUUUGGUCAUGAACUAGAAAUGACUGACUCUAAGUUACAACAAACUGUUCUCAAAGUAGAAAAAGUUCUUAGAUUGUCUGAUGAUAAGAGGCAAACCUGUGUUCUGGUGGCAUUAAUAGUGAUCAUGAUAGUUGUAAUCAUUUUAUUUGUUGCUUUAUAAGGAGAUCAGUUUACUAGUGACAAUAAUAUUACUAUCCAUUCCAUGUUGGGAGAGAAAGGGUAGGGAUCAAAGGGAGAAAUCCUGAGUUUAUUAUUUAUAUUGAAAAUCUGUUAUUGAGAAGAAUUUUGUGUAUAACAAAGGUUUUUGUAUUAUAUCUUCGCUUGCUGAUUCCUCUGUUAAACAAGCCUUUCCCUUACCUUAAAGACUCAAAUUCUUCAAAAAAGGGCAACUGUUAGGGUCGAUUUACAUUGUGAUUGUGUAUAAUUUUAUCGCAUUGUACUUCAUGGCUGAUCUUGCUACUCGUGUCAUGUGAAAAUUGCAUACAAUUUUGAUCUCAACUGUGUCAGUGGCUUGGCUGUUGUUAGAUUUUUUAUAAUUUAAAGAACCGCAGGGAGUGAUUGAACUGGUAUUUUUCCCAGUGGGAAUCAAUAUAAUAUAUGUAGGUCAAGUGUAGUGAAUGAAAUGGUGUUCAUUCCUUACUUUUCUAAUUUCUUUCAAAUUGUAUUUCUCGAAAGUUCAUAUACUGGCAAUUCUUUUGGCCUACUCUUUCAGAAUAUUUAGAGAGGAGGCUGCAAACAGUCACCUUACACUGAAAUAAGUGUUCAUGUAACAUGGGUUUCUAAAAGCUAAGGACAUUACAUGUUUGGGUAGCCUGUACCAGACGUACAGUUAGUUGGGAGCUGUGCAAAAAAUGGCAAUACCCCUCACGUAUUCUUUUUUUUUUCUCUCCCCAACUAACCUAACUAUGCCUGGAACAGGCUGACAUCCAUGUAUUGGUCACAGAUUCCGGAAAAUAGGGGUAGUCCACCCUUGGGAAGCCUGGCUGUAAUUUUUGUAAGGGUAGGAAACACUCUCCACAUAAUAGAUUGUAGUGCUAGCAUAGAUAGUAGUGCUCGCAGAACAAACCAAGCUAUCACCAGACCUGGAUACUGAUUUAAGUGUUGAACAGUGUUAUCCACCUUACAAUCCAGAAUAACUAGAAAAUAGGUAUGUGUAACAUUGAUGUACACUGUGCCGUUGCCAUCAGAUAAAGUUUUUUAUUUUUUUUUUGUUUGUUUAUAAUUCUUUCUGGCUUCAUUUGGCCGUUUGCUCCUCUUACAUAUCCGCUCGCGAUGUUUUUUUUGGUUGAGCCAAGCAACCACAUGUGCAUGUCAAGAUGAAUGAAUAACUUUGUCACUUGGUAACGGCACGGUGCGUGUUAUUGUACAGAGGCCACAUCAAGCAAAUUCUUGUUAUUUUUUCAACAAUCAGCCAGUUGCCUUCAGACUAAAGGAAAUGUCAAAUUAUAAUUUAUCAACACAGAAGAACUCCAAAAGAGGUGAUAGUUAUCUCGAAAGGAAAUAAAAAAAAGAAAGAUUACUACUGACAGAGAUAAGUGCGGAUCAUGUGCCGACUUGGCAAUAGUUAGCAAGAGUUUGUUCCAUGAAGCAGCUCUUUUACGAAGAUUGGUUAGGUAUCUUAAGGAAUGAGGAGACUGUUUAAAUGUAUAUUACUUCAUUUGUUGGUAUUAAAACUAUUAUUCUUUUGCGUAA